UGCCAUUUCAGUGCUCUUCAGACUUUUACCAAGGACGGGUUCCCGGUUAUGGAUCCGCCUCCCGCGCGUUAACGAUCAUGUGCAUGCGAUCAUGGGACGGCAGUGGGUGAUGUCAAUCGAUUGAUGACGUUUCAUGAGUUUUGUUUGCCUUGAUUUCACGGCAGAUAUUCACCAAAAACGAAGUACCACUUGGUUUUAAAUUGAGCGGAUGAACUGUUUGUUUGCGAUGAGUACUUCAAUGCAUGUUUAUCCUUAAAAGAAAAAAAAAGGAACGUCGACGCGCGUGAUUCCAUUCAAAAUACAUAACGUCAUUGCGCAAUCCGUAGGUAUUUGAGUUUCGUAGGUAAAAUUUUAAGUACGACGAGCGGAAUAAUAACCUGAAGUGGGACAAUUAACGGCACGCAGAUCAACACAGACACACGAUUGCAAGGCUGCUUUCGAAACAAAUGAAAACCGUAUGUUAGAAAUUCCGUGAUGAGCGAUUGUUAUGGAUUUACGGAUGAGUGAGGAUUGAGGAAUGCAUGAAAGUUGAAACGUAGCGAAGGAAGCUCGGAUCACGUGGGAAGGAGAAGGAUUAUUAUGACCUUUGAGCAACGAAGAAUAAUUUAAAUAAAGUUAAAUGAUUACCUACACCUUGAAAUUAACGAACCACAAUUGCUUCACAACUACGAAGCCUUAUAAUAUGCAUAACAACAAUCAACGCAUUGAAAAUAAUGACGAAAACGUGCGAAAUGUUGACCAAAGGCGUUUACGCCGAUUCCAAAGAAGAUGAAGAAGCGUUAGAGAUAAUACGAGAGGCUUUUAUAGCGCUGAAUUCUAAUUAUAUGAGACGAGGAGCUUGUCUAAUUGAUCUACAAGAGCGAUCAACAAUCGCCACUGUCAAAGUGGGCAAAAAGAAAUGUAACAAUAUAAUUUCUCAAUUAAAAUAUUCCAAGAAACUAUUUACAGCAGCAUUUUUUACCCUACUCAGUUACUGUUUACUGUCAGAAAAUUUCCCUGUCAAUUUUGCAAUCAAAUAUGCAUUGGGAACUCGUUGCUUGGUACCGAACAAUUACUUUGUUUGGGAAUUCACGCGGCCUGUUUCAACGUGUGAAUUUUGUCGCGAUAUAGACUCAGCCCUAAUUCUUCCCAAUCUGACAAGAGAAGAAUUCAAGCGCUAUGCUUACUCGUCAAGACCGAUGGUGAUAAAAAAUGCGGCAGGUCAUUGGCCGGCAAGAAAAGUGUUCAGCCUGUACUUCUUUAGAAAUCUCUACGAGAGUAUCGAAGGCGCUUACGAAAGUGUUCAGGAGGAGUGCCAGUUCCUUCAUUUUAAAAGCAACUUUGCAAGCCUCAAAGAAGUCUUUGCAAUGAGCGAUCGAAGGGCCCUCAAUUUGCCUGGGGAACAGCCCUGGUAUGUCGGAUGGAAAAAUUGUCACCCCCAGGUGCUGGAAAUCAUGAAAGAAUUUUAUCAAACUCCGCACUUUCUGCCUCAAGAUGCCGAAGUACCGCACACCAAUUAUGUUUUUCUUGGAUACGAACAAGGCGCUGUUAUGCAUCUGGAUUACAUUCCACGUUUGAUGUGGCAGGGUCAGCUACAGGGAAGCAAAACUUGGUCGGUAGCGCCAACUCCAGAAUGUGACAAAAUUUGUAAGAAAUUUGACUUCUCCGUUGAUGCCGGGGAUAUAAUUCUGUUGGACACCAGAGUUUGGUAUCACGGCACCAACGUAAAGGACGGGCAGUUCAGUCUAACUGUAACGUCUGAGUACGGAUAGGUUUGAAACCGAGCCUAUUACCUCGACAAUAAUUAAUUGUACAUAUGCAAUUUUCUUCGGGCUACCUAAAACCAUAGGUAGUUGAAUAUUUUUAAUCAAUUUUCUCAUAAUCCCAUUGCCGUUUAAAUCAUAGAUUUAGAAACAGCCAUCAGCUACUGGCCGUUAUGACUAGCAUUCUUUUUCGAAUCUUUGAUUUACUUUUGUAUUAGUACAAAGCAACCCUUUUUUUGCAUUCCAUGUGAAUAAAAUUUGCACACCAGUUUAAAAUCGUCUUGCCAAUAGAUUGUAAUAAUUAAUGGAAAUUUGCAAAUGAAGGGAAAAUGGCGUAAUUUCCCCAAGAAUCAGGGUUUUAAAUAACUGCCCGAUGACGCAGGGUAAACUGUAUGUGCAAACCCGUAGGAAUAUAUAUAUACAUACGUACUAUACUAUACUAUACUAUAUACAUGAAAAUUAUAUGUUUACACACAACAUGCAAAGACUGUUAAUACUCAGAGAAUUGAAUCUUUAGAAGUAAAACCGAUCUUUGCAAAAGUAUUAUUUUUUAAAAUUUGUUGCUGAUAUAUUAUAGAAUCUUAAGAGAUCUGAGGAAUGAUUAUUUUUUCUUUAAUACUUUAAAAGUUAAGUUCAUAUAUACUAAAAGUGCCUGAGUUUUUCCAAAUAUACAAAGUGCCAUGAUAGUUGGCGUUUCCAAUUAAUUACAAAGUAAUUAUUCGUUCCUGAUUAUUUAUUAGUUUUUAAACGUAGAGAAGAUUGCAGUGUAACUUGUGUGACUGAUUAUUUUGGUUUUGUUGUGCGAUGCCUCUUGAUCGUACAUAGCUUAGGAUGUUUCGUUUGGAAGUAACUUUGUCUCUUUGCUCUGUGUUGAAAAACUUGCAAAAUCUCUCUUUAAUCCACCUUAGAUCCAAUUCUUAAAUGUAGCUUCCGGACAUUAAAGUUUUUCAGCAUGGAGAAAAUGUAAUUUCAUUACAACAAAUUUUUCCGGUGGAAGUGAAAAAAAACAAAUUUGCUACCACACGAAACAACCUAAAGCACAUACAUUGGGCAUGCGCCUUCCUACAAAAUGCCAUUCGUCGUGCCAUGUUGGAGUCAAUUUCAGCACACUCAAAUAUACACCGAAAUUUUGUAACGCCAGCAGCAAAAAAGGUUUCUUCUGAAAUGUAGAAUAGAUAAUAAUUCCUUUUUUGAUUUCUAUGUUCGUUGUGUUGUAUUUUUUCA